UUCACCCUCAUCGACAACAUGACAUUCCAGUCUGUCGUCUUAGUGAGAUGGAUGUGUUGAACAGAGCGGCGUAAAUUCCAAGGCAGUGAGAAGAAAAUGGCGUGUCACACGGACCCCGUGUCCACCACGACAUACCAAAAGGACUACCGGGUGGACCGAUUCGUGCCGGCAGUCAGGAUGACCACGCUGCCCAUGUACCAGCCUGGGAGGGAGAAGUCCACAAACCAGUGGAGGCCGAGCGUCAAGAAGGUGCCAGGGCCACCGAGCUCGGUGCUGUUUGCAAGAUAUGUCCCCAAAGACAAGAAGACUGUCACCCAGUCACGUUCAGCUUCCAGACUGCCUCGCCUGGCAAAGUCUGAGAGCGCCAAGCCGCGCGUGCUGGUCACCAAGUUCGGCCUCAUGGACGUGAACGAGGUGGAGCAGCUGGCCCACAAGCUCAAAUGGACCCCGACCACCUUGGUGGCAACAGAGGAGGCGCACCUUCCCAUGUCUCAAGUAGACACGCGUGCUAAGACGCUCGAGAAGCGCGCGGACAUGGUCAGAUUUGACGUCCAGCGUUACGAUGACCAGCCUCGGAUGUGGCAACAAGCGGAACUAUUCGAUCGUUACCAGCUGCGACAGCCUGUGGAGAGAGUUGUCUACCCUUAUGACACAUCCGAUGACAAGAAACUGCCGAAAAGGAGGGGCAAGGAAGCUGCCAACCCACGUGAUUCAGAAAAAAUCAGGAACCUGGUGCAACAGGAUCAGAUUGCCUCAGUCUUUGUCCGCCAUUGCCCGGGCUAUGCCGGAUACGUUCCUCGGGUGCCGCCAGCUGAUCACGUGACUAAGCAAGCACCCAAUCCCAGCAUGGUUAGCACAAUGAAGGCAACCUACAGGGAGAUUCCACGAGAAGAACUGAUGAAGAGACGGUUUGCAAACAGCAGUCAGUUCGCAAAAGCGGUGACCUUGACCUUUCCCUUCAACCCCUACAGCAAGGUCGGGUCCAGUAGUUACAUUUCUGAAUGAGAUGAAGACAGCCAUGGGUAGCCCAUCCUUAAGCUAAAUUCUGCAUUGGAAUGGCUAAUAAUGCAUGCAUGUUUGUAUUAAGCAUACUGAAGGA